GUUGACAUAUCCAGUUUAAUUUUUUUAUUUUUUUUGAAUAACUUUAAUAAAAUAAAAUGACUGAGGUUUCCGACAAAUUAAGUAAAAUAGAUUUAAGUCAUUCAUCCUGUAGUGAAGAAAAUGAAUCAAGUAGUGAAGAUGAUUCUGAAGAAGAAUGCGUGCCAGACUUUCCAGUUGCGAUGUGGGACUUCAACCAAUGUGAUCCAAAAAAAUGUUCUGGUCGAAAAUUAGCUAGAAUGAAUUUGGUGAAAUGUCUUAAACAGAAGCAACGUUUUCAUGGUAUUGUUUUAACACCAACUGGAGAAAAAUGUGUAAGUCCUGCUGAUAGAGAAAUUGUUGAAACUAAAGGAAUAGCUGUUGUUGAAUGUUCGUGGGCUAGAAUAGAUGAAACACCAAUAGCAGCCUUAAAACCUGUACAUGGAAGACUUCUUCCAUUCUUAGUUGCUACCAAUCCGAUAAAUUACGGAAGACCUUGUCAGCUGAGUUGCGUAGAAGCUAUAGCAGCUACAAUGUACAUAACAGGUUUUAAAGAAGAAGCCGAUUUUUAAUGAACAAAUUUUCGUGGGGACACUCUUUUGAAGAGCUAAAUAAAGAACUGUUGGAUAUUUAUGCUACUUGUACUGAUAGUAAGUCUGUUGUGGAGGCACAAAAUGAAUAUAUUAAGAAGGAACAACUUAAACAGGAACAAGAUAAAAGAAGCCAGCCAGAUUUUCCAAGCUCCAGUGAUUCAAGUGAUACUGAGUGAAAAAUUGUAUAUAUUAUAUAAGUUUUGUUAAUUUUUAAGAAAAUAUAACAUAA